UUCACUGUCUACAGCUCUGUGUGGAUAUUUGCUCUGUCGGGGUGAACACGAAAGAGGCAAUUCGGUUCAAGGAGCUACACCGAGCCUUUUCACAAAAAUACUUUGAUUUUGUACACAGAAAAUGGCGGUUCCUGCAGGUGCGAAUGUACAGAUGAACACAGAAACAAAGAACGACCUUGCAAAUCCAUCUGAAAAUGACAUUCACUUUGACGAGAAAGAAUUGGAAAACAUCACAAAUCACGUCGAAGAUGGCACAACACUGCCCCUGCACUCUCCGUGGACAUUUUGGCUUGACCGGUCAUUGCCAGGGACAACAGCAGCAGAGUGCGAAUCUAAUCUGAAAAAGAUCUACACAGUACAAACUGUUCAGAGUUUCUGGAGUGUAUACAACAACAUCCCUCCUGUGACUACCCUGCCUCUAAGAUGUAGUUAUCACUUAAUGCAUGGAGAGAGGAGGCCCCUAUGGGAAGAAGAAAGUAAUGCUAAAGGUGGAGUCUGGAAGAUGAAAGUACCAAAAGAAAGCACUUCUGCCGUUUGGAAGGAGUUGUUACUUGCCACGAUUGGAGAGCAGUUUGCAGAUUAUUGUGCUUCAGAAGAUGAAGUGGUUGGUGUAAGCGUUAGUAUUCGAGAUCGAGACGAUGUUGUUCAAGUCUGGAAUGGAAAUGCAUCUCUUGCUAGUGAAGCGAAUAUCUUAGGGAAAGUCUAUGAACUCCUCCCGCACAUAACUUUUAAAGCAGUAUUUUAUAAAUCUCACAGGGAACAUCAUGCCUUUGAAGGAGGGCGUUCACGACAUUAGCCUCUGCACUUUUUGAUAAAGCUCUAUUCUCGCCUGGAUUUAACCUUCUCUCCUCAACUUAAUCCAAAAUAUAAUUUUGCAUACUGUACAUCGAACCGAGGAAAACGUCAUAGAAUGUUAUUGAUAUAUAUUUUUAUAGAUUCAAAUGGCUGAGUUUCAGUCUGAUGCCUUUUAUUGUUUUUUUGUUGUUCUUGAAACACAAUUCUAAAGAGAUUCUAUCUUUAAAGUACCGGUAGGUCUUUUUUAAUUUAGUGGGUCAUUUAAAAAAAAAGAAAAUGUCCUUAGUCUUCAUUCAUGUCAUUUCUGUAUAUGUGGUGUUUCUUCUUUAGAAUGAUAAUGCACUCUAUUGCUGCACUGUCACUGCCCUGCUCUCUGCCCAGCUUGGCAUGCCAUGGACCUCACACGUGAGCAUUGAUCCCUAAUGUAUCUAUGGCACACCGCUGACCCACAGUUCAAUGUUUUUCACUACAUUUGCCCUUAGAGAGAUGUUGCUUGUUUAUACAAUGUUUGUUUUUAGCUGUCUUGGAAUUAUGAAUUGUUUGAUCCAUAUAUACUUUGACUCAUUUGAGAAAAAUUUUGUCCUAAAAGUUGUAGUAUUGUAACUGUUGGCAGACAGUGUUUUCUUUUUGGCACACACUCAAUCAUGUCUCACCAAUAUUAACAUCAGCGUUGAAGUUAGUAAAUGUAUAAUUGACUCAAAUGCUACAGGUAGUAAUGAGCAAAGUCCCCAGACAUUCCUACACAUUAUGAUUAUACUUUGAUUGCAGAGCUGUUAAUAUGCAAUAGGUAUGAACAGUGUUAUACUGGUGUAUUUUUUUUUUGUAUCAGAAAAAAAUUUGACUUUAAAAGGAUCAAAUAUUAACAAAGUAGUGUAUAUAUAGUACAUUUCAUUUAAACAUUUCUAAAAGUGUGGCAAAUGCAUUCUUUGGAAGUAUGUUUUGAGUGAAUGUAAUAAUAAGAUAAGUUACUAUUCACCUUAUUGAAACUCAGCCCAAUAUUUAAAAAAAAUAUCCCAUGCUGCUGUCACAUCACUGUCACCAGAACACUUGUGCUGGUAAUAUAUGCAAAAGUAUUUGGACACCCUUUCAAAUUAGUGGAUUCGGCUGUUUCAGCCACACCCGUUGGUGACAGGUGUAUAAAAUCGAGCACAUAGACAAACAUUG